AUUUAUUUUUCGUCAAUCAUUCUCCAGCAGAAAUUUUUCCUAGUUCGAUAUACAUACGGAAUUAAUUCAGAUUUCGAGGUGAGAAUUCAGGUUUCGAAUAGGAAAUUUUGGGUAUUGAAUUUUUGCUUUUUCAAGUUUGAAAUUGUAUACCGAAAAAAGAUGAGGGACGCCGCAGCCGAGCAACUUGCAGAAUAUAGCAAGAAUGUGAAGACCAAUAAGCAAGAAAUUGGCGGAGUCUUGGCCACUGCGACCGGAAGACCCAUUGUGAACAAGAAUGCGUCCGUGACAGUUGGUCCUCGAGGACCACUUCUGCUUCAGGACACUGUCCUCUUGGACGAGAUGAGCCACUUCGACAGGGAAAGGAUUCCAGAACGGGCCGUGCACGCGAAAGGAGCCGGGGCUUUUGGCUAUUUCGAAGUCACGGAUGACAUUCGGCAGUACACGAAUGCAAGCGUGUUCUCGGCUAUCGGGAAAAGGACUUCUUUAGCUGUACGAUUCUCGACGGUUGGCGGGGAAAGCGGUUCUGCUGACACCGUCCGGGAUCCUCGGGGAUUUGCAGUCAAGUUCUACACGGAAGAUGGCAACUGGGAUCUGGUGGGAAACAACACUCCCAUCUUCUUCAUCCGCGAUGGGAUCCUGUUUCCCUCAUUUAUUCACACGCAGAAGCGCAACCCGCAGACUCACCUCAAGGAUGCGGACAUGUUCUGGGACUUUUUGUCGUUGCGGCCCGAGUCAACGCAUCAGGUUUCGUUCUUGUUCUCGGACCGGGGAAUCCCUGAUGGGUAUCGUCACAUGAAUGGAUACGGAUCCCACACUUUCAAACUGGUCAAUGCUUCUGGGGAUCACGUUUACUGCAAGUUCCACUUCAAGACGGAUCAAGGAAUCCAGAAUCUUCUGCCAGAUGACGCUGCCGAUGUGGCGCGAGACGAUCCUGAUUACGGAAUCCGCGACUUGUUCAAUGCCAUCAGCAAUGGACAAAACCCGUCCUGGACGUUGCACAUUCAAGUGAUGACGCAAGCACAAGCGGAAUCCCUCCCAUGGAAUCCGUUCGAUGUCACCAAGGUGUGGCCUCAGGGAGAUUUCCCUCUGAUCCGCGUUGGAAAGAUGGUUUUGGACAGGAAUCCUGAAAAUUAUUUUGCUGAGGUCGAGCAAUUAGCUUUCAACCCUGCGAAUAUGAUUCCAGGUGUUGAAGCUUCUCCGGACAAGAUGCUUCAGGCUCGCUUGUUCAGUUAUGGAGACACGCAGCGCCACAGGCUGGGGCCGAAUCACCUUCAGAUCCCAGUGAACUGUCCCAUGAAUGCCAGGACUUGGGGUCAUUAUCAGCGUGAUGGCUUCAUGGCUAUCAAUGGGAAUCACGGCAAUGCCCCGAAUUACUUUCCCAACAGCUUCUCCGGACCGUCGCCUUCCUCGAACCAGUUGCAUCUUGAGUCAACUUUCCCUGCUUCUGGUGAUGUUGCGAGGUACAGUUUUGAAUUCUAUUCAUCUUGAAUUAAUUGGCCGAUUU